CUAAUGCAUCUGUAAGAUAAUUAUUCGUGCACAUUAAAGAUUUCAAAAUUUAACGAAUAAAAUGUUCCUAGCACAACCGACUUAAUGGACGACACAAUAGUAAUCUCUUUGUAGAAUACCGAACCCGACAUUAAAAUCUUUCACUAUUAACAAAAAAUUAAAAUAUAAAUUAAAACAUUUAAAAGAUAAAAAAGGAAAGCAGAGUAGGGAGCAAAUCAGCAACAUUUUUAUCUCAAUUCCACACGAAAAUCUGGGGUAGAUUCUUCCGAUACGCCAUUAUAAAGCUAGCAAACUUAGCACCACCGUCACGUAAUUCCCACUCUUCAAAUAUCUCUCUCUUUUUCUCUGAAACCCUAACACAAAACACAAACAAGUGAAACAUAAACAACCACCGUUUUCGCUUUUUGGGUCACUGAAGCAUUUCAUCGAAUGGCUUCUGAGCAUAACAACGACAACAGCACAAGCUACCAACCUUCGGAGCCAAGACCAUGCACCAACGGUUGCGGCUUCUUCGGCACCGCCGGCAACAGAGACCUCUGCUCCAAGUGCUUCAGAGAUCUUUUUCUUGAAGAACAGCGUGCCGCUUCAGCCAAAGUCGUCGUUGAGAAAACCCUUCUCCAUGGCGGCGUUGCUUCCCGGUCCUCUCCUUCUUCGGACACCACCGACGCCUCUGUCGUUGUUACGGCGGAGCCUCCUUCUUCCUCCGCUGCCGCAGCAGCGCCUUCCGGUCCCGUGAAGGCCUCGAACCGGUGCCGUGGUUGCAACAAGAAGGUUGGGCUGACGGGUUUCGUUUGCAAGUGUGGAGCGACGUUCUGCGGCGUUCACCGUUAUCCAGAGAGGCACGAUUGUCCGUUUGAUUUCAAGGGCGUUGGACGUGACGCGAUUUCCAAGGCUAAUCCUGUUGUGAAAGCAGAUAAGCUCGAUAAGUUUUAGGUUUCUUAAUUGGAUUUGUAUUAUGAUGGGUUGAUCAAUUCUCUUUGUUUUAGACCAGUUGAGAAUUUUAGGGUGUUAGAUUGAUAGCUCUAUUUAGGAAUUAGAUUUAGGCAGUUUCGGUUGGGCUGGGUUAGGGUUUAGGGUGAAUUGAUUUUUUUUUUUUUACUUUAGGUAGGAUGAAUUGAUUUAAGAACGUAUGAAUGAAUUGAUGAAUUUGACGUGAA